AUGGAAUGCAAAAUUAGUACCACAGCUUGGUCUGUAUUCAAUGACCUGAGGCUGGAGGACCAGUUUUGUGAUGCCAUCAUUAAGGUGGAUGACGUUGAGUUCAGAGUUCAUAAGAUCAUCCUUUCUGGAUGUAGCUCUUACUUUAGGGCCUUGUUUGCCAAAAGAUGGAACGAUGAAGACAAAAAAUUCUAUAACAUCCCCGAAAUCGCUCCAGACAUUAUGAGGAUGAUCAUUGAGUAUGCCUACCACCGAAAAGUGACCAUCACCAAUGACAAUGUCAAUAAACUUUUUAUUGCCGCCGACCGCUUCAAUGUCCUGGGAGUAGUCCGCCGGUGCUCCAAAUUUCUUAUUGGCCGACUGUGUGCGGAGAACUGCGUUGCCAUCAGCAGGCUUUCCAAACACUUGUGCUGCCCAGAGCUGAGCCACAAGGCUUAUGAAUACAUCUUACGUAACUUCCAGGAUGUAGUGAUGGCCUCGGAGGAGUUUCUAGACAUGCCAGUUACAGAGUUACAAGACUUAAUUCAAAGAGAUGAGCUCAAUGUUAAGCAGGAAGAGGUUGUCUUUGAAGCUAUUGUAAAAUGGAUUAAUCGGAACCCAGCAGAUCGUAGUCAUCAAAUUGCCAUUCUUUUGCCUAAGGUUCGAAUGGCGUUAAUGGAAUCUGAAUACUUUAUAAACAAUGUCAAGACCAACGUCUAUGUAAAUAACAACGAAGAAUGCAAAGCCAUUAUUAUGGAAGCAUCAAUAGCUAUGCACAAGCUGAACAUGAAUGGACUCUGCAACUCUGUUUUUACCAAACUACUGACUAGGCCACGUCUGCCCUGUGAAGUGUUGCUCGCCAUCGGCGGCUGGAGUGGCGAAAGCCCUACAAAUGCCAUUGAGUCUUACGACUGUAGAGCUGGCUGCUGGAUUGAUGUAAUUUGUGACGAGGAAAGCCCCAGAGCUUAUCAUGGCAUGGCGUACCUAAACGGUUAUGUAUACCUCAUCGGAGGUUUUGAUGGUAUAGACUAUUUCAACAGCGUAUCAAGGUUUGAUCCAGUCAGUAACAUAUGGCAGCAAGUUGCACCAAUGAAUUGCAAAAGAUGCUACGUUAGCGUGACUGUCCUGAACAAUUGCAUCUAUGCCAUGGGCGGGUCUGAUGGCAACAUGCGCCUGAGCUCUGCAGAGUGUUACAACCCAGAAACAAACCAAUGGAGUUUAAUUCCUCCAAUGAAUGAACAAAGAAGCGAUGCAAAGGCCACCACUCUUAAUGGCAAGAUCUAUAUAUGUGGCGGGUACGAUGGCGACGAAUGCUUGAGUACAGCAGAAAUGUAUUGCCCGGUAACCAACCAAUGGAGGAUGAUUGCGUUCAUGAGCACCCAACGCACUGGUCUUGGAGUUGCUGCCUAUGGAGAUCAAGUGUAUGCGGUUGGAGGAUUUGACGGCAAUGAAAGAUUGAGGACUGCAGAAGCAUAUAACCCAGCCAACAACACUUGGCACGAGAUACCACUUAUGUUCACUGGUCGCAGCAACUUUGGGAUCGAAGUCCUGGAUAACCGUCUUUAUGUGAUCGGAGGUUUCAAUGGAACUGACACCACCUCUGAGGCUGAAUGCUACGAUGAUAAGACAAACGAGUGGUACGACAUCCACAGCAUGAACAUCGUCCGUAGCGCCCUGAGCUGCUGUACCAUUCCCAACCUUCCCAACGUUCGGGAUUAUGCUGCUCGAGAAGAUUCCUUCAGCAAUGAGGAAGCGGUGGAGUUACUAUCUGUCAGUCCUCUGCCAGUGUGA